AUGAAGUACGCAUUUGUUGCAGCUGCCCUUGCUGGGUCCGUCUUUGCCUCCCAGCACAAGGCUCAUGCUGGUUUCCACCAGCGCCGCCACGACCACGCCGCGGCUCCCCAGGAGGAUGUUUGCACUGUCUACACCACCGUCUACGUGACUGGCCCUCCUCCAAGCUACCCCACUGCCACCCCGGAGGUUCCCAAGCCCAGCAGCCCUGCUGUUCCUCAGCAGAGCCAGCCUCCUGUCUACCCACAGGGAGGACAGCCCCCUAAGCCCGAGGGUCCUAAGUCCAACCCAUCUGUUCCCCAACAGAGCCAGCCCCCUCAGCCAGGUGUUCCAGCCUCCACUUCCUGCUCCGAGGAGACUCCCAAGCCCACCGGUCCUGCCCCAGGUGUUCCUCAGCAGAGCCAGCCUCCCACAUACUCCCAGGGAGGCCAGCCUCCUAAGCCCGAGGUCCCCCAGCCUAGCAGCCCGGCACCCGAGGUUCCCCAGCCCAGCAGCCCAGCUGUUCCCCAGCAGAGCCAGCCCCCUGUUUACCCCCAGGGAAGCCAACCUCCUCAGCCAGGUGUCCCAGCUUCCACCUCUUGCUCCGAGGAGACUCCCAAGCCCACCGGCCCUGCUCCUGGUGUCCCCCAGCAGAGCCAGCCUCCUGCCUACCCAGCUGUCCCCCAGCAGAGCCAGCCCUCCUACCCCGGUGUUCCCCAGCCUCCUAAGGAGAGCAAGCCUGCUCAGACUCCCUCUGUCCCAGAUGUCAACAAGCCCAAGCCUACUCCUUCUAGCAGCAGUGUGCAGCCCAAGCCCACCAAGCCAUCCGGUGGCAACGGUAACAUUGUAACCAACGGCGACAAGUGGUCCAUUACCUACACUCCCUACGCCCAAUCCGGCCAGUGCAAGGAAGCUGCUGAGGUUGCCUCUGACAUCGCAAAGAUUGCUGGUCUCGGCUUCACCACCAUCCGCGCCUACAACACCGACUGCGGUGUCUUCGAGAACGUUGUCCCCGAGUGUCAGAAGCACGGACUCAAGAUCAUCUACGGUAUCUUCCUCGAGGCCGGCGACAAGGGCUGCUUCUCCGAAUACGCCAACAAGCAGCUCUCGGACAUCAAGAACAAGGCCCCCAAGGACAGCAUCGCCAUGGUCAUCGUCGGCAACGAGUGCAUGUUCAACGGUAACUGCCAGCCCGAGCAACUCGCCUCCUACAUCGACCACGUCCGCGACGAGCUCCGUGGCGCCGGUUUCCCCUCCACCGUCCCCGUCACCACCACCGAGCCCGUCGACGUCUGGGAGACCAAGGGUGCUGCCCUCUGCGACCACAUCGACGUCUUCGUCUGCCAGGUCCAGCCCUACUUCACCCAGUCCGUCACUGCUGAGAUGGCCGGUUCCUUUGCCGCCCAGCAGCUUGAGCAGGCCUCCAAGGUAUGCCCCGGCGCUGCCGCCCGCGGUGCCUACAUUGGCGAGAUCGGAUGGCCUUCGCAGGGUCAGACUAACGGCAUGGCCGUCGCUAGCCACGACGCUCAGCGCACUGCUAUGCAGAAGAUUCAGGAGGCUGUCGGUAGCAAGGCUAGUGUUUUCUCCUUCCAGGACGACACCUGGAAGCCCGCUGGUGCCUAUGGUGUUGAGCAGCACUUUGGCUGUGUUGAUGUCCUUGCUUAA